CACAAGAAAACUCACUCGGUGAUCAAUUCACAUUAGAUUCCUUUCAAUUUCCUCUUCACAUAUUCUUCACCUGCAAAAAUGUCUUCUGGUGGAUGUGGCUGCGGAUCCGGCUGCAAGUGCGGCAGUGGAUGCAGCUGCGGCAUGUACCCUGAUAUAGCCGAGAAGACCACCACUGUAACCACCGUCGCUGGAGUUGCUCCAGUGAAGAUGGUUUCUGAGCAGUCCGAGAUGGCUUCCGAGGGUGGGCAUGCAUGCAAGUGCGGAUCAAACUGCAGCUGCGAUCCUUGCAGAUGCUAAUGAAGAAGACGGGCAUGAGCAUGCCAAAAACAAAGCAGCAGCGUCAGUCAUGUGUAACAACUUGAUGUAAGACUAAAAAUAUGGUAUCGUUUGGGUCUACCUAGCUAUGUAUUAUCUAUGAAACAGCUUGCUAUAAAUAAGACAGCCAUGAAUUUGGCUUGGAUCUCUGUUUAUGUCCUGUAUUGAGUCGCUGCUUUGUUUGAAACAGAAGCUGCUUUGUAUUUGAUUAAAUCUCUAGUCUAAUACGUCUCCUUUGGUUAUGUUGUAAACCGUCUUAUUUCUUUUCAAAUUUCUGCAUUUUCUGGUGAUUAUUUUAGUACGUAUUUGAAAUUCAAAUAAGUUUCCAUUAAUUUA